AUGAGUCCUCCCGACCUUGAAGAUGAACCAUUCAUGGAAAACCAAGACGUAGCAGGUGAAAACGACCUUUUUGUGUUGGACGGGCGCCAAGACCCGCCAAACCUUCCACAAAACCAUCUGGAAGAAGUCGUCGGUGAAAUAGUGGAAAAUUUGGAGAGAUGGCAUUUUGCAGAGAUAUUGGCAGAUGGUGCCGAGAUUCAUGAAGACAUUAUAGAAGAUGUGGGUGGAGAUGAAGUGGAAGAAGAAGAAGUAGACAUUGACUGGGUGUCUCCAUUAUCGAAAGAAUACUCAAAACCUUUUAGCAGCGAUUGGUUCGGAGAUGAUCGUGAGACAUUGUGCGAUAUGGCCAAAUUCUACAACAAUGCUCAGUUCAGUGAUGUAAAUAUGAAAGUUGGCGAAGAAAGCUAUCCAGCACAUCGUCUUAUUCUCUCAAAAAGCAGUGAUGUAUUUGAUCGAAUGAUGAGCCAAAAAUGGAAUGGGGAUAAAUUCGAUUUAGAAUUGGUUGAAGAUGAGUUGUGCCAGAAAGCUUUUGCUCCAUUUCUUCGGUUCAUGUAUUCAAAUCAUGUUGUCUUGCAUAAGGACAACUGCUUACCAUUGUUGGUUUUGGCGGAUAAAUAUAAUGUUACCACAUUGAAGAAGGUCUGCCUAGACUUUGCACAGUCUGAAAUUCUUCCUGUAAUUGAUUUGAAAGAAUUGUUCUCUGUAUGGUUCUCAUAUGCAACAAAAGCAUAUCACCCAAGUCUUAUCAAAUCGUGCAUGCAGGCAAUUGCAUUGGAGUUUGAAACUUUGCUAACGGAAGAAUGGGAAAAAGAUUGGCAAGAAUUGCAUAGAGAUCAGAUGAUUGAAAUUUUGAAAUGCAAUAAUUUGAAAGUGGCCAGUGAAUUCAAGCUAUGGGAAGCUCUUCAAAAAUGGAUUCAAGCUCCAAACCACUCAGAACGACGAGGAAACACUGCUGGACCACUUUUGGCUUUUCUCCUUCCUCUGAUUAGAUUCCCAUUUAUGAAUGGAGAUGAACUGAACGAAGUUGAGAAAUCCGCGAUUUCCGAAAUGCAUCCAAAACUUUUUCAACCGCCACUCCUUCUCUCUUAUAAAUUUAAUGCUCUUCCGCUUUCCAGUAGGAUGAGUUGCAAAGAUUUCACCAAGAAACAAUUUCUACUUCGACAAUAUGAGGAUAACCGUUGGAAUCAAAGAAUGACUGUCGCAAAAACACUUUUAGCAUAUCCGUGCGUAGAUCAUGCGUUUACGUUCACAUCCCGAUCAUCAACUGUUCCAAUGACCGAAUGGAAAUGGACACUUAAACUUACAGGUUUGACAUUCCCAAAUCCCACAAAAGUUGAUGUUCUCCGGAUUAUUCUGAUUGCUGAAGGAAUUGAUCAAUACAGAUCAAUUGAGUAUAUGCUUCAAAUAGUUGAUGAGAAGAAGGUGCUCCUGUCCAUGUCCGGAAAGAAAACUUUCACAAAAACAAGGUAUUAUGCUGAGUUGGAAAUGGAAAAACAAAUAUCAUUCGAUGAAUUGCUCCAUGAUGAUUCAACAUUCUCCUGCAAUGGAGAAUUCAUAUUCCAACUAUUUCUUCGUGUAAUUGAAUAA